AUAGCGUACUCCUGUAUGUUAUGUUCAUGGAAGACUGUCUUUGAUUUUAGCUUGUAUGAGAGUGUGGAAGGAUUGUGGAGGGCGGGAGUAAUCUCCCUGGCACCGCCCACCCGGUGGUUCCCUGCAGCCGCGGAGGCCGGCGCCCAUCGCGUACCCCCGGCUGACCGGCCUUGGCUGGUACGGAAGUCGGUGGUACGGACAUCGCCGCCAGAGUCCGCCACCACCGCCGGCAGCAGCAGGAUCUUGGACCUGAGGGCCCCCCCCUCUUUAAAGUGGUCUCAUGAGUCAGUGCAGGAAAGAGCGAACAACUGCAAGCAGCUGGAAGCAGAACUUUUGAACAUUGAGAUGUGUCGCCUGCCUGCGUCCGCCAUCCUGGCUGUACUCUGCUUGGCGUCCCCGCUCCACAGCAGCAGUAGCCUCCAGGUCGGCCUGAGGUAUCGACAGGGCAGCUUCGCUGUGGCCUUGUAUCGUGCCGUGGCCGACGCUCGCGCCGACGCCAACCUGGUGGUGUCGCCGUUCGGCGUGGCCGCCGCCCUGGGACUACUGCAGCUCGGCGCCCGGGGCAACACCAGGGCCCAGCUGGAGGCCGGCCUGGGUUACGACGUCAACGACGCUCAGGUUCGAGAGCUGCUGCUGCUGCAGUGGCAUGCUGAGAUGAGCAACAGCAGCAGUCCAAUGGCGCCCCAGGGCGCGUGGCUACGGCAGACGUGCAUCCUGUUGGUGCAGAGAAGCAUCAAACUCGCUGCUGGAUUCGCUCAGAAUGUUGAAGCCUGGGCAGAUGUCAGCGUGAUGAGAGAUAACCAACUGCAGAACAACAACACGCGCAAAGACGAGACAUGGUUCCCCCUGCAGGCCGGAAGUAGCAGUGGUGACCUGUCUGGGUCUGGCGAAGUUCAACAUGCGGAGGCUUCAUCAUUGUUAUCGUCAACGCCAUCAUCAUCAUUAUCAUCCAGCCAGCAGAUGACGGUGUUGAGCACGGUGGCAUUCCGGGGCGCAUGGCAAAAGCAAUUUCACGCCGUCAACACACACAACCUCCACUUCCUGCUCCUGGAUGGCACGACUAUCAAAGUACCCAUGAUGCACCAGGCUACUGAGGUCCGCUUUGGUCAGUUCCUAACGCUAUCAAACCAAAGGUACUCGGUCCUUGAUCUUCCCUAUUCGGGUCUGUCACUGAGCCUCCAGGUGGUCCUCCCUUUGGAUCGUAAGAUCCCUCUGUCCUCCUUGGAGGCUCAGCUGAGCUUUCACCAAGUGUCCUCUUGGGAGGCCGGCCUACGCAGGACCAAGAUGGACGUCUUCCUGCCCAGGUUUAAGAUGCACAACAAGCUGAACUUGAGGUCCACACUUCCUGCUGUGGGAAUCAGAGACGCCUUCAACCCGACAGAUGCAGACUUUUCGGGAAUUUCAGCUGAGGACUCACUCUAUGUGUCCGAUGCCUUCCACGACGUCACCAUCGAAGUCACGGAGGAAGGAACCAAGGCGGCCGCCGCCACAGCCAUGGUGCUACUGAAGCGUUCUCGCUCUCCCGUCUUCAAGGCAGACCGCCCUUUCCUGUUCCUGCUGAGGCACAUUAAAACAGGAUCCAUUUUGUUUAUGGGCCGAGUGAUGAACCCCGCCGACCAAUCUCUUUGAGAUGUUUGUGAUGUGACACACAUACAUCCACACACAGUAUUUAUUUUGCAGGCACUUCUGGAAGAGGGACUAUUUUUGUAAAUGUGUAAAUAAAAUUUUAAUACAUUUUUUUUUUACACUU